CAAGGGGUGGAAACUCUGUACAUCUAGGUGUAUAAAUCUUUACUUAAUACACAUCGCUUUCAGGAGCUAUAGACGCAAACACUGGAAAUGGCUAGCAGAGGACCCGUCAAAGAUCUUCAGGCCGAUUCAUUGUGCCCCCUCUGUAGCUGUUACUUUAAUGAUCCUGUGACCACAGAGUGUGGGCACAGUUAUUGCAGGGUGUGCCUGGUCGCCCACAGUGGAGGGAAGGAGAACACAGGACAGCUGAUGUGCCCCAGCUGCGGGCGAGCGAUGGGAUGGAGAGCGGUGACCACUGAUGUUCGGCUUGGGGUCACCACACGCAUUGCCCAGAGGCUCAACUUCCAGGAUGUGCCACCCAGGAGGCGAAAGUUAGGAAGGGAGAUCCAAAUACCUGAAGAUGGAGUCUGAAGAAGAUUGCAACCCUUGGAUAUAUUGUCUCGAUGUCCGUUCUGAUCUGAAGAGCUUCCUGUCUUGGCUGAUGGGCAGAUCGUUGUUCAAUGUGUUCCUAUUUAUGUCUAUAUAGUAUAUUUAUGUGAAUUUUACUGGGUCUUUUAUAUCAAAUAUGUCUAAAGUUGUUUCUAAACAGUAACCAUUUUGUAUAUAGAUGAUGAUGAGUGUUGGUACACUUUUAAUAAAUAUAUAUGUUGAUUUGUAAAAA